AUGGCGCAUCGCCAAUACCCGCCGCCGCGUGGCGCUGUCGAGCUCGACACCUCCGGCCGGUCUCAGCUUGACGGCGAAAUCUUCGAGAUGCCUGGCGAGUCCAUGGUGCCGAGGCCGGAGGGGCAAACCAGGAAGCCGGUGCAGGCGCAGGACGGAGACGCCGUGCAGGCGAACCCGUGGCCUUUCUACCUGGAUCAGGACGUCAGGACAGAGUCGCGCGUCGAUGGGGAGGAGGAGAAGAAGCCCGGCAAGGCGGAUGCGAAGAGUGAGGAACAACAGCCGCUGGCGAAUCCGUGGCCGUAUUUUGGGCCCAUGUCGCCGGGCGAGGAGGAAGAUGGACCGAAGGCUUCUAUAGCAGCAGCAACAGCAGCAGGGCCUGGUGCUGGUGGAUCAGGGACCAAGGCGGAGGAAUCUAGAACUGCGGAAGCGAAGAUCGAAGACGCCUCCGCAGCACCCCCGCCGCUACAUCUUGGUAGUAAUCACAACAAACCCGCAGGAGAUGGCGCCUCUCCCGCCUCUCCCGCCCCUCCUGGUCCUCUCCCCCCAGCGACGAGCGAGUCUUCGUCGCCGCCGGCACCAUUUUAUAUUGCGCCUCUCAAGUUAUCCAGGAAGCAAGUCCCGGCCGCGGCCGCCGCGCCGACAUUCAAGCCAUAUCUCCCCCCGGAAGAGAGCGUCGCACCGGUUGCGCCGCUUAGUGUGAAGCCCCAGAGGCCGUCUGAUGGUCCCCAUGGUGAUGGGGCAACCACGUUGCCGUAUCGGCCGUAUCGUCCUGCUGGAUAUGAGGAUGAGGUGGUGACGGCUCCGACUCCCCCGGUGGCUCCACAGCCUACGUCGCCGCCGCCGCCUGCGCAGUCUCACGGGCCUCCGGCGGUAGGGACCGUUCCUCCUCAGGCUCCUCCCCAGGCUCCUCCCGCUCAAGCUGUUGCUUCUCAAGCUGCUCCUCAGGGGGCGACGACUUGGGCGGGAUCUGCAUCUCCGGAUCUCGCCAAGCAGCAACAGCAGCAACUGCAACAGCAACAACACCCGGUAAUCGAUUCGCCUGGUUCAGCGGAGGCGCCCUUGGCUGGAGUGAUGCCGCCACAACCUCAGUAUCAUCAGCCAAAUCAACCGCCGCCGCCAGCAGCAACAGGUCCCCCUCCUCUUCCGCCCCCUCUUCCGCCUUCACUUCCUCCCACUGCUCCCCCUAUUCAGCAACCUGUUCCAGUGGUAGCGGUAGCGAAUCAUCCACCAAUGGCCGCUCCAACCCCAUAUCACAACCCUCAACCUCCCGUGCCUCCUCAUCCAGCACCAACUGGCACUCCGUAUCAACCGUUACCAAGUCCUUCAAACCCAAGCCCUGUCACAGGCUACCCUCACCCAUUACCAAGCCCUUCACAUCCAAGUCCUGCCAUAGGCCACCCUCCAACCUCAAGCCCCAUUCCAGGCCACCCAGCAUACGGACUGCCCAAUUCUGCGCCAGCUUCAUCCGUCCCUAGCCCACAGAUGGCUUCCUUUCAAUUCCAGCCCAUCAACCAAGCCCAGCCGCAAAAUCUGUAUCCUCCCCCGACUCCCACGCCUCCAGUGGCAUCGCAAGCUCCCCCGGCUCCGGUAUCUUACCUGCCUACUCAGCACUUUACGCCUCCACCACCGACAUCCGGCUACGAUAUCCCGCAACCUACCUACGCAUCUUCAACCGUGAGCCCGCCUCCUCAGCCGCCGCGACCGGAAUUCCAACAGGCAGCGAUGGGCGCCUAUCAACAAUAUCCGCCUCCGCAGCCGUCGCCGACUUACGGGUAUGCUGGUGCCCCAAGGCCAGGCACGCUACCUCCUUCUGCUACGUACCCUUCCGCUUACAACGCACCAUACGGACCGGCAAUAGCCCCCCAUCAGCACCAAUAUCCAACCCAGCCUACCUAUGCGGCGGCUAAUGGCAACAUCCCUUCCUCUCCAAACCUGCCGCAGGGUCAAUACGUGUCUCCUCCCCUGCCACCGCGUCCAGCAACAACGCAGCCCCAGUUCUUCGCGGGAUUUACCUCUCAAAACGUCGUGGCAUAUCCUCCGCCGCCCAAGAGAGUGUUCAGUCCGCCGCCUGCGGCCCCACCUCAACCUCCUCGGCGGCAGUCCGGGGGGACGAGUAGCGGCCGGCUAUUCAGCAGCUCGUCGGCGUUGAAGUGGAUAGACAAGACGGGCAAAGGGCUGGAGAAUAAGCUUGAUGCGGUGCUUGGUUCUCAGGGGUCGUCUAAUCGGCCACCCCCUCAGCCUCCUCGCCCCAGUUAG